AUGAAUACUCGCCAAUCUAUCGAUGAGUCCAUCGGGCCAUAUUCACUCUCAGCAACAUUUAAUCAUGAUAACACCUGCUUCUCAGUGGGCUUGGACACGGGAUUUUGUGUAUAUAAUGCCAACCCUUGCGAGCUCAAGGUUUUGAGAGAAUGUACCAAAAUUGAAAGAACUUACCCUGAUCGUGUUAUUUGCACUCCAGAUUUCAAGGCAGGCAUCGGGAUAGCGGAAAUGCUUGGCCAGUCGAACUACUUGGCUAUUGUCGGUGGUGGAAAAAACCCCAAGUUUCCACAGAACAAGUUGGUUAUAUGGGAUGAUGCCAAACAGAAAGCGGCCAUCACACUUGAAUUCCGCACCUCCGUCCUCGGUGUCCGUCUCUCCAAAUCAAAGAUUGUUGCUGUUUUAUUGAACGGCGUCCAUGUCUUUGCAUUCUCCAACCCUCCACAAAAGCUUUCCGUCUUUGAAACCUCCGACAACCCUUUAGGGUUGGCCUGUCUUGAUCAAAAGGUGCUGGCCUUCCCUGGUCGGUCUCCGGGCCAGGUCCAAAUGGUAGAGCUAGAGACCGGCAACAUCAGCAUCAUACCUGCACAUAGUACACCGUUGCGUGCUAUGGCCCUGAGUCCAAAUGGGAAAAUGCUGGCGACUGCGAGUGAAUCCGGGACUUUGGUUCGGAUAUUCGCUACAGGGAAUUGUACAAAGCUGGCAGAAUUGCGACGCGGUGUUGACCACGCCGUGGUAUUCUCAAUUUCUUUUUCGCCGUCCAAUACUUUGCUGGCAGUAACAUCUGACAAAUCAACUCUCCACAUCUUUGAUAUCCCCCACCAACAACCUGCCGCUCGUCGCAGCCAGUCACCAUCAUCAGCAUCCGAGGAAGCACCUCCUAGCCACAAAUGGGGAAUCCUUGGCAAGAUCCCCCUGCUACCUCGUGUCUUUUCGGAUGUUUAUUCAUUUGCCAACGCACAUUUUGAGAUUGGUGAGCAAGCCAAUCUGAGCUCGUCGCAUAUGCCACCAAUCUCAUCAUUUGGCCGGCCUCAAAAAGGCCUCAUAGGCUGGUGCGAUGACCAGACCCUAUUGGUAGUCGGGUCUGGGAAAGAAGGACGUUGGGAGAAAUUUGUGCUUCGAGAUGGCGAGGAAGGAAAAAGAUAUUGUUUUCGGGAUGGCUGGAAAAGAUAUCUUGGUGGUUGA